CCCGGGGUGGGGGGGAGACGCGGGGAGAUCAGGCCGGUGCGCGGGGUUCAGGCGGCCCGGCAGAGAGGAGGACAGGCGGGUGCUGCCCGGCGCAUAGGCUGUCUUUAAAAGCCCCGCACUGGGGCAGGUCAGUUUCUCGGCUGCAGUCGCUGGGGGCGGGGCGCAGCAGGAGGAACCUGUCGCUGUUUCAAAGGAGCUGGGCUGCAGCUUGAAGAUCGCUGUGUCCCCUCCUGCCUCCCCGUGGGCUCCUAGUGCCGUCUUCACACCUCUGGGCUCGGCGGGGUUAGCUGGCUCUGGCCGGUAACUUGCAGCUGCCUAGCAAAGGCGACGGGUUUAUUGCUUCCCUCGUUGUUGUCACUGUGGAUGAAUCUGCCCCCGGUGGGGAUGGUUUCUGCAUGUCAAUCCACUGGUCUUGCACCAACAGGAGACAGGGUGGUUGGUGCCGUGGGCUGCACUGUGGUGUUCCCUGGACCAGAACACAUUGACAUCACUGGGGUUGUACGGUGGGAGUAUAAACAAAAUGAAAAUGACCCUGAACUGACUGUCGUACUUUAUUAUGUGGCAUCACCGAAUCCGGAAAUCUUACCAGAGUAUAAGGAUCGUGUUGUAUUUAACAUGUUCGACUGGUCCCUGGGACUGAAAAUGCAACUGGCAGAUCAAGGCCUGUACAGAUUAAGGAGAGAAGAGGAGGAGAAGAGUGGCAAAUGGAUCAAGCUGGAGGUUAUAGAGUCUCAAGAACCAUCUUCUGGCAGUCUCAUGGUUGUGGGUGGGAGGAAUUUUCUCACAGAGCCCUUAUCCAAGCCGGAACUCUUUAGGAACUCUUCCUUGGCAGGCUCCACCAUUGAAAUGGUCUGUAACGUGACCGUAGGUAGGGUGGAUUCCUAUCAGUGGAAAAAGGACCAUAAGCCUCUCCCUAGGUCUGAUCACUACCAACUCUCUUGGAAUAACAGUGUACUUCUCAUACUGAAUGCAAUACAGGCUGAUAGUGGCUGUUACUCCUGCAAAGUUACCAAUGAAGUUAGUGAGAACGAAACCUCCCUGGAAUUGACCAUUAGUGAUUCUUCAGCUGUGGUUUCAAACGGAGUCAUUUGGGGAGUUGCUGUCAUAACUGCUGUCGUAAUUCUAGUAAUAGCAGAUGGGAACUUAUACAGUGAAUAAAAACUCUGCCGUGACUUCAUCUGGAUGAACAAUCCCAAUUUUCAAAGGACAUAAUGGAACAGAAGUGAAUUAUAUGGUUUGCUUCUGCCCAGCAACAACCACUUCAUAAGGCUUAAGACAGUCAUCAGACCUCUUACAAGUCACAAAUUACAAAUCAGUGUUCUAUGUCAGAAAAUGCAUCUGAAAUCAUCCAUCUUGUGGUUUUUGGUUCUUUGACACGGAGUUGCCAAUUGCCCAUCCAUGAACUAUACUAGCACUCAGAACUAAUUUUGGAAAAUGCCUCUCCAGGAAAGAGGAGAGAGAGAGAGCUGCAAUUGCACAAUGGCAUCUGAAAAUUAUAACUCAGCAUUUCAAGUUAUGUAGAAACAUAUUGCGUCUAAAUUUAAACAAACAAGCAACAAAAUGCGCAAAACAAUAGACCUAUAAGGUAGAGUGUUUAAAAGGACAGGUUGUUUCCUAUAGAGCAGGGGUGUCAAACUCAUAUUGGGGAGAGAGCUAAAGUCUAUUUUUAGUUGUGAUCUAUGAAGCAGGGUAUAAAUACAGAUCUCUAUGCAGUACUUCUCUGGAUCCAUAGUAGGAACUUCCCUUAUGUUAAUAGUAAGUCUGCCUAAAGGACAAAGAUAAAUAUGGCUUUUAGUAAACGCCAGUGCCUUAUUGUUGAAUUCACUCUGUAGAAAAAUAUGCUAACUUUUCAGACCAUGGCUAUUUUUGCCUUUUGUUUCUCCUCCUUCCCCGUCCUCCUUUCCCUGUCUUUAUGGCUUGUUUACAUGGAAAAAUUGACCAGAAUAAUUAUUGUGGAAUAAACUUAUCUGCAAUAGCUCCUCAUGUGGACACUGGAAUUUAAAUAUUUUGGAAUUUAUUCUGGAAUAAUUAGUGCGAUUUGAACACGUAAAUCAUGUUAUUCCAGAAUAAUUAUAUCCUAAAAUAGUGUCCACCUUGGGAGCGAUUCUGGUCUGUUUCCCUAAGCUUCUCCUUUCUUUCUUGCAGCAUCUCCCAAUUUCCCUCUUGUGGGCUUGACUCCCACUUUUUUCACCACCCAAUCUGUUAAACUGAGCACUGACAGAAGCAGUGUGUGCCCACUGUAACUCAAGCUUGUCUCUCUAACCAUCAGAAGUUGGUCUAAUAAAAUAUAUUACCUCACCCACCCUGUCUCUCUAAUAUCCCGGGGCUGACACAGCUACAACUACACUGCAUACAGUGCCCGCUUUGCUGUGUCCCCUUUCCUUUUGCAUUUGCCAUCCUUUUGCUGAAAGGUGUUAAUGGUUGCCAUAGGUAGAGUCUUAGAUCUGAAGACAAAUCAUAGACCUCAUUCAGGACCAUGGGGGUGCCAAGCACUCUCUUCCUGGCUCAACUGAAGGAACAAUCCAGCUCCUUUUAUGUAGUAAAACCAGCUGUGGGCUGUACCAUCAACAAUUUUUAAAAUGUAUUUGUAAUAAAAAUCUAGUAACUAAAACGGCA